AUGGCUGGCCAGGACCCAAAGUCGAGACCCAAGAACCACAAGGCCAAGCGCACAAAGCAGCCCAAAGCCUCGGACCGCGUCGCCAUCGACCUCCUCCAGCAGCAGGUCGACUCAUUCGAGGCGUCCGACGAUGUGCAAGAGUUCGGCCAGCUCCCGCUCUCGUCCCAGACGCUCGCCGGCCUCACGUCGGCCUACUACUCGCGCAUGACCGACAUCCAGCAGCGCUCGCUCCCUCUGUCCCUCAAGGGCAAGGACGUCCUCGGCGCAGCCCGCACCGGCAGCGGCAAGACGCUCGCCUUCCUCAUCCCCGUCCUCGAGGUCCUCCUUCGCAAGCGCUGGGGCCCGCAGGACGGCCUCGGCGCACUCGUCAUCAGUCCGACCCGCGAGCUGGCCGUCCAGAUCUUCGAGGUCUUGCGCAAGAUCGGCCACCAGCAUCAGUUCUCGGCCGGCCUCGUCAUCGGAGGCAAGAACCUCAAGGACGAGCAGGACCGCCUGUCGCGCAUGAACAUCCUCGUCGCGACCCCGGGCCGGCUCCUCCAGCACAUGGACCAGACGCUCGGCUUCGAGUGCGACCACCUCCAGCUCCUCGUUCUCGACGAGGCGGACCGCAUCCUCGACAUGGGCUUCUCGGCGUCGCUCAACGCCAUCAUCGCCAACCUGCCGCGCUCGCGCCAGACGCUCCUGUUCUCCGCGACCCAGACCAAGUCGGUCAAGGACCUCGCACGCCUGUCGCUCAAGGACCCCGAGUUUGUCGCCGUGCGCGAGUCGGGCCCGGGCGGCAGCAAGGGCAAGGGCAAGGCCGAGAACGGCGACGGCGACGGCCACGACGACGACGAGGGCGUUGAAGAAGUGCCCAAAAACCUCGAGCAGCACUACAUGGUCGUCGACCUCCCCGCCAAGCUCGACCUCCUGUGGAGCUUCAUCAAGACGCACCUGUUCACCAAGACGAUCGUCUUCCUGUCGUCGGGCAAGCAGGUCCGGUUCGUGUACGAGAACUUUCGCCACAUGCGGCCCGGUGUGCCCCUCAUGCACAUGCACGGCAAGCAGAAGCAGAUGCAGCGCCUCGAGAUCUACCAGCGCUUCCUCACGUCCAAGCACGCCGUCCUGUUCGCGACCGACGUCGCCGCACGUGGGCUCGACUUUCCCGCCAUCGACUGGGUCGUCCAGCUCGACGCGCCCGAGGACGUCGAGACGUACAUCCACCGCGUCGGGCGCACGGCGCGGUACCAGGCCAAGGGCAAGGCGCUCCUGUUCCUGCUCCCGAGCGAGGAGGAAGGGUUCGUCAAGCGCCUCGAGCACAAGAAGCUCGACGUCAACAAAAUCAAGGCCAACGACAAGAAGAAGCAGAGCAUCCGCAGCCAGCUCCAGAGCGCCGCGUUCCAGUUCCCCGAGAUCAAGUUCCUCGCUCAACGCGCCUUCAUCUCGUACGUCCGGUCGAUCCACCUCCAGAAGGACAAGUCGGUCUUCAAGCUCGACGCGCUCCCGCUCGACGAGUACGCCGCGUCGCUCGGACUCGCCGGCGCGCCCAAGAUCAAGUUCGGCACCAAGCAGGAGGCGAGCGACAAGAAGAACCAGGCGCGCGUCGUCGAGGAGCUGAGGAGGGAGAUCGAGGUCAAGGGCGCAGAGGAGGACGAGAGCGACGAGGACGAGGGCGAGAGCGGCGACGACGACGACGACGAGCCGGUCGCGGGACCGUCGGGCUCGAGGAGCGACGACGACGAGGACAAGGACGACAAGGUGAAGACCAAGUACGACCGCAUGUUCGCGCGCAAGUCGCAAACAGUGCUCUCGGACCACUACACCAAGCUCAUCGACCACGGUUCGGACGACGACCGCGAGGGCGAGGGCGAGGGCGUCAAGGGCGAGUCGAGCCUCGUCGGCGCGGCGGCACCGGCACCAGGCGGCGACGACGACGACUUUAUCACGCUCAAGCGCGUCGACCACACGCUCGACGAGGCCUCGCUCCCGUCGUCGUCGUUCAUCUCGAAGCGCAAGCUCAAGAUGGGUCAGUCGAAGAAGGCCAUGCUGUCGACCAAGGGCAACCCGUCCAAGCUCGUGUUUGACGACGACGGCGAGGGCCACGCCAUCUACGAGCUCGGCGACGAGAGCGACUUCAAGGCGCUCGGCGACGCAGAGCAGCAGCGGCGCGCGUUCGUCGAGCGCGAGGGCGGCAAGCUCAAGGAGCAGGACGUGCUCGACAAGGAGCGGCAGCGCGAGGCGAGGAGGGACAAGAAGCGCAAGCGCAAGGACAUUGAGCGUCAGGCCAACGGCGCUCCUCUCCUCGGCGCCGAGCUCUCGGGCGAGGACGAGAUUGUGCACCCAUCCUUCUCGGACGUCGAGCUCGCCUCGGCUUCGUCCGACGACGACCGCUACGACGACGACGGCGACGACGUGCCCGACGAGCCGGCGGCGCGCGCACCGGUCCCGCUCAAGAAGAACUCGCGCAGGGCUCGGUUCGAGGACGACGACGGGGAGGGGGACGAGGAGGGCGACGGUGGGCGGUCGGCCAAGAAGGCCAAGGUGGACCUCGAGGCGCUCGCGUUGCAGGCACUCGGGCGGAGGUAGAUGCGGCGCUGUGCGCGAGGGGAUGUGCAACGAGCCGUUCGCUGUUCGACCCUUUG